UCACCGGCUCAUUUCGUUCGCAGAAAUCAAAAAUUGGCUCCCAAAUUUUCGGAAACACCCCGGUAUUUAGUCCAGUCGCAUCAUCGAAGGUUGAUGAUGAUGAUCUACCGAGAUCUCUCUCUAAAUAAACAAGCCGUCGGUUCCGAAAUGAAUUGCGAGAACAGCGUGACAAGACAGAUAAUUACCGCCAGAUCCUAAUGCUCUACGGCAAUCCGAAUAUUCGCAUUCGCCCGCGAGUCAUUCAAUAAAUAAUACCUAGCCGAAAGUUCUGAACAUGGCGAGGAGGAAGCUCGAGACCGACGUGAACAACGUGGUGCAAUUCUUCGAAUUUGUGUUUGUGCUGAUGAUAUUCCUCCUGUUUUUCCGCACCGAAUUUAUGAUUUUGAACGUGCACGUAUUUCAUUCCACCAUAGCAUGGCUCGUUAGUAUGACACAAGGUCUCUUGGCUCUACACACAGUGAAUCCAGUGGUCAAGAAGAUUCUUGGAAAAGACAAAGUGUUCAACCACUGGGUUAUAGAGAGUGUUGGCUUAUUAGGUGCGACUCUAGGUUUCGCUAGUGCAUAUAAAGACAAAAUCGAUAAGGACGAACCACAUUUUUUCUCCUGGCAUGCCUUACUGGGAAUUAUCGGAUAUGCGUUAUCGUUAUUGAGUGGUUUAAACGGUAUACCUGCAUUAUACCGGAAGGAGCUCAAGCAAUAUAUUUCACCUGAAUUGAAUAAAAAUAUUCACAUUAUCACAGGAACUUUAGGAUUUAUAAUAGGUGGUUUCAGUCUUAUAGUAUCACUUUAUAGCAAUUGGUACAUUGAAAAGACAAGGUCAUCUCCAACAAGCUUCAUUUUAGGCGUUUUUCUAAUAACAAGUAUUAUGGUAUGGGCCUCAAUUAAACCCAUAGGAAAAGUAAAAAAUAUGUUGUUGAAAGGUUUUUCCAAAAACGAUUAGUACAUAUUAAAUUAUUUCAAAUCA